UGUAGAAAUGCAUCAGGGAGGAGCCAGUACUUUUCCUAUUGCCUGGAGCCAGCUUUUAAAAGUGAAGGUUCCCAGACGCCCGCAAGUCUCCACCGGCACAGCUCAUCACUGCUCCCAGGUUCAAAGAAGAAGAAAAAGCAAUGGCUGACCCGUGGCUCGAAGCGUAUAACUUUGCUAUUGAAAUUGCAAAGAAAGCCGGGGCGGAAAUCCGCAGGGCUUCUGAAAGUGAAAUUAGAAUCUGCACGAAGAGCUCCACCGUGGACCUGGUCACUGCUACCGACGUGAGGGUGGAGAAAAUCAUCAUCGGGGCACUCAAGGAGAAAUUUGGAGAUGAUGUGCAUUGUUUUAUUGGUGAAGAAUCAGCUUCAAAAAAAGGAGCCUGCAUCCUAACCGAUGAGCCGACCUGGAUUAUAGACCCCGUGGACGGAACCACCAACUUUGUGCACGGAUUCCCAUUUGUGGCUGUGUCCAUUGCCUUUGCGGUCAAUAAAGAGUUGGAGUUUGGUGUGGUGUACAGCUGCUUUGAAGACAAACUGUACAAAGGCCGGAAAGGACAGGGGGCCUACUGUGAUGAAGAGUCCAUCCAAGUAUCAGACAACAAAGAAAUUACGAAGUCAGUCAUCAUUUCAGAAUUUGGGACAGACCGAACUCCAUCCAAAGUGCAAAAGAUCUGCAACACAAUGAAGCGAAUCAUUGAGAUACCAGUGCACGGAAUCCGGGGCACGGGAACAGCUGCCACUAACAUGUGCAUGGUGGCGCGUGGAGCAGUUGAGGCCUUCUUCGAGAUCGGGAUCCACUGUUGGGACGUAGCAGCCGGAGCGGUCAUCGUCCAAGAAGCAGGGGGCAUAGUCUGCGACGUAGAUGGUGGACCAUUUGACCUCAUGUCCAGAAGAAUGAUGUGUGCGAACCAUCCUGAUAUCGCAAAUCGGGUCAUAAAAGAAAUCGAAAUUUUCCCGUCAGACAGGGACGAUGCGGAGUAGAGGGCGGACCUCAAAGCGGAAUGUACUGUUUUCACUGUUACUGUAAUAAAAUCUCAUAACAAAGCCAA